AUGAAAAAUAAAACUUUUAGUAGUAAUACAGUAUUAGAAAGAAUGGGAAUAAAGAGCAUAUGGAAGAUGUUAAGUGGAAGAACACUUGAGCUAAGGGAAUUAAAUGGUCUGACAAUGUGUGUAGACGGCAAUCUUGCACUCUUUCCGUGCAUUUGCAAUAGCAAUAUUGUAUUUAUAACAGAGUAUACGCUGAAAAUCAUCCAUAAAUUAAUUACACUCGGAAUAGACCCAAUAUUUGUAUUUGAUGGGAAAAGGCCACUAUUUAAGAAGAGGCAAAGAAGAGAAGGUGUUUAUAUAGCUGGGCAGGAUGAUAAACAGCCGCAAGUGCAAAUAACCCAUAAGUAUACGGAGACAGAAGAACUUCAGCGAGAAACCGAGAAUGAAGAAAGUAAAUAUCUAGAAGAGGAUGUAGAGAGCAACCCAAGCCAAAAGUUAAGUGACCGUGACUUUUCACAGUAUCAGGUUCAAAAAGUAUAUGCUCGGUAUAAGUACUUGAAGUCUGUAAGUAAAACAAAGAGAAUGCACGGGGAUAGCAGUCUUCUUUUUAAUUUGAACUUACAGUCUGCAUUACUUCAAAAAGAAGAAGAAUCGAGCAAAGAGGCGGAUCCUUUUAAAGAGGUAUCUGAUCAUAUCGACCAAAUGAAAAGUAUUCUAUAUAAGCAGCAAGAAGUAAUAAAUGCAGAAGAAAGUUCAAUAUCCAAGAAAAAAAGCUGCAUAGGCAGAGAUGAAAAAAAGCCAGCAUCUAUUCAUUCAGUGAUUAUACCAAAUGAACAAACAGAGUACCAAAGAGAACUUAAGAUGUAUGACCUACCAAAAGAAGACACUAUGCUAAGCAGAGAAGCAGUGGACAAGGACACUCUUCCUUUGUCGUACAGAAUAAUUGUAGAUAUCUUUGAUGCAUUCUCUAUAAAGUACGCAAUAGCACCAAGUGAGUCAGACAAUGUGUAUAAAAGCCUUGAAAAGGUUCUAAACACAGACGGUGUAAUAACAGAAGACAGCGACAUGCUGAUUUUUAGCACUAAGCCUGUAUUUAGGCACGUAUUUAAAAGGGCGCUUCUUCCCAAAGUAUUUGCAGAAAAAGAUACUGUUGAGUAUACACAAACAGAGCUGCACAUACUGGCGUGGUUAUUAGGGAAUGACUAUGUGCCGGGUGUAUCGGGAGUAGGGCCAGCAAAAGCCAAGCAGAUUAUUCAGAGGUAUAGAGAAACAGCGGGCUCUCAAAUAGAGAAAAAAGAAGAAGUAUAUAAGAUAAACAUAGAUGUAAUCUGUGAUACUGUCUCACAUGUACUUGGCAAGGACAUAAGUGAAGAUAUUCCUAGACUACUGCAGGUACAAAGAGUGUAUGCGGACAGAGAGUUCAAGGUAUAUAUUGAAAAUCUGCAUCCAAAGCCAUAUGAUAAAAAGAGAAUUAUUGAGUUCUUAACAAAGAGAACUACCUGGGAGAGUGAAGAAAAAGAAGGAUACUUUAAAAUGGUAAGUGCACAUCAAGAGAGUAGAAAUAUAAAGAAGUAGCUCAGAAUUCAUUAUACACAAUUACUCUAAUAGAUUCUAUAUGUAUUACUUAAUGCAUGAUCUUACUCCUAAUAUAACUAACCAUAUGCAGUGGUAUAUAAUAUAGAUGCAUCAAAUAUGGAUUAGGCAAUUUACUGAUGAGAACUUUGUAUAUAACACAGUUUAAGCAGUGCAUAUCAAUUUUUGGGUAUAUUUUAUUUAU